GUUUGAUGUCACUGAAGCUCAGAUGUCCGUGAUUAUAGUGUUAAUCAUAACGAGCAUUUUCGGCAACUCCUUUUGGGAUACCACUCUAGUUAUGUUUUUUUUUACUAUAUCAGUCAGAACACAGUGUUCGCAGAUUGGCAGCUGGAAGUUGCGUCAUGUUGUUCUCUGUUCAUCUAUGAUAGGAUCAACAUACCAGAUUCUAGGCUACGUGAACGUGAUCAUUCACGGAGGUGUUGGGAAAAACGGAUCCACAAUUGCGGGUACCUCUGUCAUAUUUCCCCUUUUCCCGUUACUUAUGGUGGUUGUACCGUUCUGUAUGAUAUACUCUCGUGCCGAGACUGCCGUCUACGAUGAACAUAUAACUUUGUUUAUGUUAUGCUUCGGCGCCGUCGGUGCGAAAGCAACGAAUCGCCUCGUAAUUGCUCAUAUGAGCAAAAGUGAGCUGCGAUUAUGGGACUGGAUUUACAUUGGUCCAUUGCUGUUGAUGCUGAAUCAGUACUACAACACCAUGCUCGACGAACUGCUACUACUUCGAUUAGUUACGGUAUGCCUAAUUGCACAAAUUGGCUGCUUUCAUAGUUCGCCGGCCGGCCGGCCGGCGGACUAUGAAAGCAGCCAUUCGAUUUAA